AAUGUGCACAUUCCCUGGAGUUGUGGAGGGGUGGAGUCAGCAGUACCUAAACCCUGUGGAUGGGGACUGGGGUGCUGAGGUGCCCCCACGGGAAAAUGGGGUGCUGGACAGGCAAGGCCAAGAGAAGCCCUCUGACCGCCCCCCCUCCCCACUCUAUCCGGCCCUCCUGUUUCUGUCCCCAUUCAUCCCCACGGGCUUCUCUGCCGUGUGGGGUCCCUGCAGGACGUCAGGCAGCCCUGGACCCCGACCCUGUGUCGCAUGGGCACCCUGCGCCCUGCUCAGGUGCCCCGCGCUGCGCCACACCACCCCCACUCCGAAACCUCUGGCUUACAGCAGCCAAGGCUCAGCUUCUGGCGCUGGCAAGGGGCCCCUGUCCUGAACGCAGGACAUCAAGGAGGGUCCUGCAACGGCGGGGCACCUUGUUAGCGAGGCAGAGGGGCAGUGUCAUGGGGACACUGGGCUGGGCACCCCGAGGCUCGGGCCAGAGCCCUGGCCUCAGCCUGCCCUGCCGUCUUCCCUCACCCCAACGUGCGUCUGUCUGCGGGUCUUGCUGGCCAGCCCUCCCAAAGGGGUCCCAGAUCCCUCCACUCCACCCCCGCUGCCCCCGCCGGUUCGGCCACUGUCCUCGCCGGCCUGGCCGGGCACUCCUCGGUCUCCCUGCCCCUCCACGGCAGCCUCUCCACGUGGGAGCGGGGCCGCGUCGCCCGCCUUCCUACACCCUCCUGUUGCAUUUAAAGUGAGCUCACCAUGCCGGUGGUCCCGGCUGACCUGGCCCCUACCCUUUCUCCUCUCUCUUCCAGCCUGCUCUUUGCCCUUUGAACAGGCCAAGCCUGUGUUUUCUUCUUAGCACUUAUCUCUAGGAGAGGUUUGCUUUUGAAGUAUGGUAUUCGUGCUGGCUGUCGGCCUCCCCUCCGAGAAUGAGGGCCCCAAGAGGGUAUUUGCGUCCUGGCACCUGGACCUGCCGGCUCAUAGCAGGUGCUCGGCCACGUCAGCACCGGUGGAAGGGUGCAGAGCGCGGGAACAGGGAGGAAACCAGCUUCUUUCCUUGGACCUACCGUGUCAGGCACACGUUCUCCCCUGCAGUACCUCCCGUCCUUGGUGUAUCCUCAGGCUGCCAGUGGGGACGCCAUCCCAGAGCCGCUGGGUGGCCUGUGGGAGAGAAGGAUGGGGAUUCUGAGCCCUACGUCUCGGCCCUCCCGCUUCGGAAUCUCCCCACUUUCGGCAGAGCAGCUCGUUCCACAGCUUGGCCCGCGGGGUGCUGCCCUGCAGCCUGCUGUCCAGGGACGUGAGCGCAGCACGAGCACGGGAUCCUGUUGCUUCCCUGCAAACCCUGCAGGAGGCGUCCUGGGCUGCUCCCUGCUGAACGGGAGACCUGCGCUCUCAGCAUAAACGAUUCAUCUUUUCCAUUUUUUUAAAUCUACUGACGCGUAACCCAUACGGAAAAUCGCUUGGAUCACAGGUGCGUGGCUCCAUGAACCGCGACACUGGAGCACGCCAGCGUGCCCGCCACCGGGUCGUGUCUCCAGGGCUGGCCCCGCGCCCUCGACCCUCCACAGGGCGCCCCUCCUGGUGCCCGUGUAGGGGCAGGCCGCGUGCGCACAGCUGGCCGGGCUCUGCUCAGUGCCCGGCUGCCAGGCCCUCCGUGUCACCGCAGGACAGGAGUCACUCUCAUUUCUGGCCGGCGUUCCACCGGUCAUGCGGACCCCCUGUUGACGUGUCAGUUCUGCUGAUGGGGGCACUUGGGCUGCUCCCGCCUGGGGCUGUCGCGAAUGGCCCAGAAAUGGGGGCGCCGGGUCAGGAGCCCAGUCUGUUCAGUCAUCGUUUUAAAGGCUGGCAUCUGUCACGUCCCGCUGCCGCCCGGGCCCAUGUGCUCCCUGCGACGUGCUGCUGCCGCCGUCCAGUCCCCGACACAGAGCCGACAGCGAGGAAUGGACCCUGUCAGGGGCUGGGUUGCGACCCGGGCGGGAGGGAGCGCCACACCUGCCCCCCACCUGCUGGCCCCCACCACCCACCAGAGGCCCAGGGUUGCACAGCCCCUGCGCUGCUCACGUGGUGGCUCUCACCCCCCAGGGCCGGCGGCUGGCGGGAUGGACACCCCGGAGGAGGAGAUCUGGGCCAGCGGGGCCCCGCCCCCGGCGCCCAACAUCAGUGUGCCGCACCACUGUCUGCUGCUGCUCUACGAGGACAUCGGCACCUCUAGGGUCCGGUACUGGGACCUCUUGCUGCUCGUCCCCAACGUGCUGUUCUUCAUCUUCCUGCUCUGGAAGCUUCCGUUUGCUCGGGCCAAGAUUCGAGUCACCUCCAGCCCCAUUUUUAUCACCUUCUAUAUCCUGGUGUUCGUGGUGGCGCUGGUGGGCAUCGCCCGGGCCGUGGUGUCCAUGACGGUCAGCGCCUCAGAUGCUGCGACUGUCGCUGAUAAGAUCCUGUGGGAGAUUACCCGCUUCUUCCUGCUGGCCAUCGAGCUGAGCGUGGUCAUCCUGGGCCUCGCCUUUGGUCACCUGGAGAGCAAGUCGAGCAUCAAGCGGGUGCUGGCCAUCACCACGGUGCUGGCCCUGGCCUACUCUGUCACCCAGGGCACGCUGGAGAUCCUGUACCCGGAUGCCCACCUCUCGGCUGAGGACUUCAACAUCUACGGGCACGGGGGCCGCCAGUUCUGGCUCGUCAGCUCCUGCUUCUUCUUCCUGGUCUACUCUCUGGUGGUCGUGCUCCCCAAGACCCCGCUGAAGGAGCGCAUCUCCCUGCCCUCACGGAGGAGCUUCUACGUGUACGCGGGCAUCCUGGCGCUGCUCAACCUGCUGCAGGGGCUGGGGAGCGCGCUGCUGUGCGCAGACGUCAUCGAGGGGCUCUGCUGCGUGGACGCCACCACCUUCCUCUACUUCAGCUUCUUCGCGCCCCUCAUCUACGUGGCCUUCCUGCGGGGCUUCUUCGGCUCGGAGCCCAAGAUCCUCUUCUCCUACAAAUGCCAAGUGGACGAGACCGAGGAACCAGACAUGCACCUGCCCCAGCCCUAUGCGGUGGCCCGGCGGGAGGGUCUAGAGGCGGCGGUGGCCGCCAGCACGCAGUUCGACUCGGCCGGGGGGGUGGCCUACCUGGACGAUGUGGCUUCCAUGCCUUGCCACACGGGCAGCGUCAACAGCACGGACAGUGAGCGCUGGAAGGCCAUCAACACCUAGCCUGGCUGCCCCGGGAGGGCGGGAGGGCCUGGGGGCCUGUGGAGGGCCGGCUGGGGAGUGCGGAGCCCCCGGCAGAGGGGAACAGGGGUCAGGCCCGUGCGUGGGCGGCGGCCCCGUGCAGGCCCUGUCCCACCCUCUGUCCCCCGCUUGCCUGCGGCCAGCUCUGCUUCAGCUGGGGGCCGCCUCCCCCUCCACCUGCCCUCGCCUUGCUCGGCGACUCGGCCCCGACUCUCACGUCUCAGGGCCAGGCCUGGCUAGGCUGGCCGAGGGCAGCUCCCUGCAGCCUGGGCCCCCAGGACUGCUCUGAUCCCCCUUAGCCUCCGCCCCCCCCC